CAAGAACUGAUGUUUUAUUCAACCAAUCAGCGUUCUUUGAUCUCUUCUUUUAUGCGUGUGUGAAUACCAUGUAAAUAAAGGCACAUAGAAGUUAGUGUCUUCCAGCACUUUGCACGCGACUGUUGUUUGACCCGAGAUUUUAGAAAUGAUUUAAGUUGGAUAUUAAAAUUAAAAAUCUUCAGGAGACAUAUAUGUAUGUUUUAUCAUUACUGAACACAUGUAAAAAAAUUGUCAAAGAUGGGAUUGUUAUCAGUAUUGAAGCAAUCUAAUGUGAUUUAUGUUAUAAUUGGUAUAACUUUUCUUACAUCGGGCCUGAUCAUCAAUUUUUUCCAGUGUCUUUUGUACUUUGGUCUUAGACCUUUUUCCACCUAUCUUUAUCGCAAGAUUAACUACUAUCUCUGCUAUUCCUUAUAUAGUCAGUUAGCAUUUGUACCAGAAUGGUGGUCUGAAUUAGACAUUGUACUUUAUAUGAAUAUGGAUGAUGUAGAAAAAUUUAGAAAAAAUCAUAAAUAUAUAUUAAUGAACCACAGAUAUGAAAUAGACUGGCUUUGUGGAUGGAUCAUAUGUGAACGUACUGGAAUACUUGGUAAUUGCAAAGCAUAUGUAAAAAAAUCAUUACAGUAUGUUCCAAUAUUAGGGUGGGCAUGGAGAUUUGCUGAAUAUAUAUUUAUGGAAAGAAAUUGGGAAAAAGAUAAAGAAGUGAUCACCUUUCAAAUUAAAGAGCUUGUAAAUUACCCAGAUAGUAUGUCGUUGCUUUUAUGUGCCGAGGGAACACGAUUUACAGCAGAAAAACUAGAAGCUAGUCAAAAAUUUGCCCAAAAAGCGAAUCUCCCAAUAUUAAAUUAUCACUUAACACCUCGAACGAAGGGUUUCGUAGCAAGUUUACCGCAUAUGCGGGGCAAAAUUUCUGACAUUUAUGACAUGCAACUGCAGUUUAAGUCAGAUGAUCCUGUAAAACCAACGUUAACGAACAUACUGCAGGGGAAACGGAUCACUGCGUACAUAUGUAUUUUCAGGAUACCGUUAGAAGAAGUGCCAGAAGACGAGAAAGGUGCUGAAGAAUGGUUACAUAAACAUUAUGAGAAAAAAGAUCGUAUGGCAGAAAGUUUUGAACAAACAGGUGAUUUCUUUGAACUUAGUGGGGUACCCAAAUUAGAAAAGAUUACAUUAAAAAGAAGAUAUCAUUCACUCGUUAAUACAAUUUUCUGGGCAGUGGUAGUGAAUGCGCCAAUUCUUUAUUAUUUGAUUAUUAUUCUCUUGUCUGGAUCGAUAAUUUAUUUCUCGAUAGGAGCGAGUAGUAUCUUCUUAAUUUAUUUACUUUUGCAAAGAAUGAUCGGAAUGUCCAAGAUAAGUAAGAGUUCAUCAUACGGAACUGAUGACAAGAAAUUGAAGUAAGAUAGAAAUGGGAAAAUAAUAAAAGGAA